GUCGAUACACAGUAAAGUCAAACUACAUUCACUGAAACGAAGAGAAAUUGAGACCUCUAGGCUCCAGCCGUACAUGGCCAUGGCGACUACCAGCUCUAAAAACGAGAGGUGGAGCCUCGCCGGCGCCACCGCGCUCGUCACCGGCGGCAGCAAAGGCAUCGGCCGCGCCAUCGUCGAGGAGCUCGCCAGCUUGGGCGCGACGGUGCACACCUGCGCCCGGACCGAGGCGCCGCUGAACAGAUGCCGGGAGGAGUUGACGGCCAAGGGCCUUGCCGUCACCGUCUCCGUCUGUGACGUCUCGUUGCGUGCCGACAGGGAGGCGCUCGCCGGCACGGUGCGCGAGCUCUUCGGCGGCAAGCUCAGCAUCCUGGUGAACUGCGCCGGGAUGUCGUUCCUGAAGCCGGCGGUGGAGCUGACGCCGGACGAUUGCUCGCAGGUGAUGGGGAUGAACUUCGAGUCGUGCUUCCACUUGAGCCAGCUGGCGUACCCUCUCCUCAAGGCCUCUCAGAGAGGUUGUAUCAUCAACAUCUCGUCCAUUGCUUCGGUGGUCGCGUUCUGCUCUCUUCCCAACGCCGUCUACUCAGCUGCUAAAGGAGCAAUGAACCAAGUCACAAGGAACCUGGCUGCUGAGUGGGCGAACGAUGGGAUCAGAGUUAACUGUGUUGCGCCAGGCUUCAUUCGUACUCCGCUCCUAUCUGAAUUCGUGGAGGGUAACGAGUUGGGGCGAGCAGAGUUCAGCCGUGUUCCCAUGGGCCGUCUCGGUGAACCAGAGGACAUCGCAUCGCUGGUGGCGUUUCUGUCAAUGCCAGCGUCCUCCUAUAUAACCGGUCAGGUCAUAUGCGCCGACGGCGGUCGCUGCCUUUCUUGAAGUGGAUGGUCCUGAUUCCUGAAAGAUAUACUAAUUACCUGCUACGUUGAGAGAUAUGGAAGAAUUAAUGGAAUUUGUCUACCACGUGCCAACCAGGCUAGGAUUAAUUUAUCUGGGAAGAGCACAGAUUGCUGGGUGUGUCAAAAUGAUAGAAGUUACCACAUAUAUUUUAAAUAAGUCUGGGAAAUUAGGUAGAAUAGUUUGUCGGGACGCGUCUAAUGUGGGAAUUCCCAUGGAACAGAAGAUCGAUCUGGUUUCUAAGACUAAUUAAUCUUAUAAAAAUAUUGUGCUGGAACAUUAAUUAAUCUUUUAAAAAUAGGGCGUGACGAUAGCGUAGGGCACAGCAAUAGGUGUUGGAAGCAGAGUUUGGGAAUGGUGGCGUUUCCGCUCGCCGCACUCCGAAAAGAGGUCAGUUUUGCCUCGCCACGUCCAUUGUCCUUCCAUGUCUAUUGCUUAAUGCCUCAGCGACAACAAGCGUCUUGGCAGCGGCUACAGGGCGGUGUGUCGAGGCGGUGAUAGAGGCUUUGGGAUGGCAAUGGUGGCCAGCCAAUCAACGUUGGCUCAGCGACUGCAACUUGGGAUGAGAGUGGCAUCGCAGGCAGUGCCAGCGACAUUCUGAGUUGAUGGAUCCGGCCUGGCCAGAUUGCCCUCCAGGUGACAAAAGGAUGCAUUGAAAACGCAAGAUGACGGUAGGCAGGAUAUGGCAAUGCUGGCAAUGGAUAUGUCAUGAAGUUGGAUCUAGGACGCAGGUGCCACGGGAUUUGAGAUGUCCAUGCCCGAUCUGAACGUGUAAUCGCAAACUACAUUAAAAGGCUUCUUCUUCUCUGCCUCCACUGAAUAGCGUCGGCAAGCAAUGGCACCAGGGCCAGGAUGUUGACAGAUCAGAUCGAUUGGCUCUAGCCAAUGGCAAGGACAAGGUGGCAAAAGGAGCUCAUCACAUAUGAUCAGAACGUCGUGAGGGGUGCAAGAGUUCAUACCGCAUAUCAAGAUCGACGCAUUGCGGUUUUUUGUUUAGCAUGACUCGUUAUUAAAUAGGAGAAGGCCAAGCAAUAGUCUUGUAGUCUUUUCAUUUUCUUUUUUGUUUUAGUUUUCAUGUAACCUCUGGUAGUGUGUGGAUAUGGAGACCAGAUUACUAUCCAUUAUCCAAAAAAAAACAUUGAUUUCUUUGGAGUA